UUUUUUUUUGUUUCUUUUCUUCUAAAGUUCAUAGUUCUAUUUCUCAAAAUGUCUAAAACUUGUUCUAAAUGCAAUGACAAACUUAAAAGAUCUGACAUGGUUGUUUGCAGGUCAAUUUGUGGUCAAUAUUUUCAUAAGGAUUGUGUUGGAAUUACCGUGGAAGAAUCAAAUAUUUUAUCAAAAUCAAAAAAUCUUUCAUGGCAAUGUAACACUUGUUCUCAUUUAAAUUUCUCAACCUUUUUAAACCGCUUUACGGAUCUUUCAAAUUGUAUCAGUGAUUUAAAAAGAGAAAUUAGUUCUAUGCGUGAUAUUCUCUCCCAUAUCGGUGGUGAAUCAGUAAAUGUUCCCCUCGAACUCAAUAAAUCAAACACCAAUGAUUUACUUAAAAGCUCUGCGGAGGUACUUGUAAACGAUCUCUUGGAACCAAAUGAUGCAUCAUACUCUGGUGCCGCGAAUCAAAAUACCACUGAAAACCAGCUUCAAACUGUGAAUCAAAUACAUUCCUCCGGUUCUGAAUAUGAUCCCUCCUUAUUAAGUAAUAACAACAACUCUGACUUAAAUGUAAACAAAGUCAACAAAAAAAAUCGUUCUCGUCGUCCCAUCUCAAGUGUUUAUGGAACAAACAUUAACUCAGAUCUAAAUGUUGUGCCUGAUAACAAAUGGUUGCAUAUUUCCAGAUUUGUGAGUAAUACAGACCCAGAAUCAAUUAUAAAUCACAUAUCCAAGAACACUGAUAUCCCCUCUUAUAAGUUUAAAUGUUUUAAAUUAACAAAGAAAGAUGCUGUUCUAAGUGAAUUAUCUUUUGUAAACUUUAAAUUAUGUGUUCCUGCAAACAAUCUCGAUGCUGUAAUGAACCCAUCUGCCUGGCCUGAAUAUGUGCGAGUUAAAAUGUUCAUUCCAUCGCCAAAAAACGAAGAACAUCGACAAAACAAAAUCGCAACAAUAUAAUUAUUGCUAACACGCCUCCAGCCGAUCAAUUCUCCUUCCCUUCACCUAAAAGUGACACCUCUCAAUUUUUAAUUUUCUACCACAACGUUGGUGGAUUAAGAACAAAAAUGAACAAUAUUCUUCUCUUAUCCUCAUCACAACAAUUCGA